CAUCAACGCUGGGUCCUUCCUCACUCUUGCUUGACAGAGCAGAGAGGCGAUGGUGGUGUUGGCUGUGCUGGGUUUGGUGCGGGUUGUGCUUGCAGCAGCUGCAGCUCUCACAGGACACGCCCAUGAACACGAAGGCAGCAGUAACAGCAACAGCACUAGCAGCAACAGCAACAGCAACAGUAGCAGCAACAGCACGAGCAGCAACAACAGCAACAGUAGCAACAACACUAGCAGCAACAACAGUAGCAACAACAGCAACAACAGUAACAGCAACAGCAGGAAUAGUCGCAGUAGUGGAAGUGAGUUGGCACGAGCAGCUACAGAGCAAGCCCGAAGCCCAACUGCGACAGCGGACGCGACAUGCACGACCGGAGAACCACAGACACUUGAAGAAGGCGGUGGCGACCCGGGUGCAUCGCUGUUACCAACCGUGCGCGUGUCAAGCGCAGACAGGCCCAUCUGCUUGUUGAUGGACAUUGGUUCGUUGCGGGCAGGGUCUGUGUUGAGUAUGCGCAGAAUUGCAGACGCGUUGACACUGAAGCUCGUUUCAGGUCAUCCUCCACAGCACAGAGACAGCCUCCAGCACACUGGGGCAAGCUUGGUCGUGCCCACGAGCAUCGGCUUUUCCAAUCGCAUUGGCGUGCGCGAGUUGAACGGGCAGCCAGCGGAGACAACAGUACAGGCGCUGGAGCGCUUUGUUCGCGCGGGGCACCGGCACUUUGUUGUGCUGCCGCUGUUUCUUGGACCCAGCACAGCCAUCACCAAGUGCACGCGUGCACUGCGCGCAGCUGCAGGCAAGCUGACAUCGGAUCAUGUCUCCAUCAAAGUGGCACCACACCUUGUGUCACCGUCAGACCCCAGAAUAGCGCAGGCCAUCGCCACAAACGUGCACGUGGUUCUUGACGACGCUGGCGUAUGGACACCCGCCACAGGCAGCACAGACAGCAAGGCGUCCGUUGCAGAGGCGGGUGCGCCGGGAUCCGUAACACGCAGCACCACAAACCGCAUCCACGUUGUGGUCGUGGACCAUGGCACGCCAACGCGCGCCGUCAAUGACGUGCGCAACCUGCUUGCUGCACAAGUUCGGCGGGAACUUGGAUCGAACGUGGUGAUUGUUCAGGCGGCAUCCAUGGAGCGCCGACGCGGCCAGGAGUACGACUUCAACGACCCGUUGCUGGAGGACGUGCUGGACACAUUGCCAUGGCAGCCCGGUGACGUCGUUGUUGUUGCGUUGGCCUUCAUCUCGCCCGGGCGGCACGCCGGGCCACAGGGUGACAUUACCCGCACUGUGGAAGGACUGCGGGCUGCGUAUCCAGCACUCACGCUGCUGGUCACAGACGUGCUUGGGCAGCGGCAACAGCUCUCAAACACCCUCAUCGACAGGUUUCACGCAGCAGCGGCGGUCUGACGUUGUGACGGAUGGCAUGCAUCUUGACGUAUGUACUGUAACUUGUUGUGUCAAAAUACACCAAACCACACCACGCAUCAGCACACACGGCACAUCACCACCUGUCCUUGAACAACACGCCAGCACACAUGCACACCCUUUACCCCCCCCAAACACACACACACUCAAACAGACAAAAAGCGUCCACAGUGCAAAAGCACAAGAACAUGCUUGCUUCUUGCAGGCACACACACACACACACACCCACACACCCACACACACACCAAAGAGAGUGUGAUAUCACUUGGGCGCCCUCUUUGCCCUCUUUGCAUUCUUUGCCUUUGCCGUCUGCUUUGGCUUCUUGCGUCCGCCUGCUGUUGGGUCGACGGGUUUGUUCUUCUUCGCUUCUGCGCGCUCCUUUGCACUCCGCUUGAGCGCCUUCACCUUCCGCAGCUGCAACGACCCCAUGUCCUGCACACGUGCAAAGAGCAGAGGUGUGUGUGUGUCGUGUGUGGUGUGUCGUGUGUGGUGAGAAGAAGGGGUGUGAGAACAUGAUUUAUAAUACACAGAUUUGAAU